AUGUCUUGUGCCGGGGAUGAAGACGACCCAUUUCCCGUGGACGACUGUCUGUUUGCCGAAACAUUUUCUCUUGAAAAUCAGUACAAUCUGUUCGGUGAAGAGCUGAAGAUAAGACAGGUGUUCGGUGCCAACCUCGGCGUGGCCGCUCCGGUCUGGGAGGCUGCAUUACACUUGUGUCGUUACUUCGAGGAGCAGUCUGUGGAGCUGAGGGGAAAGCGCAUCAUAGAGCUGGGAGCGGGGACCGGUGUGGUCGGUAUUUUGGCAGCACGCCUCGGUGCAGCUGUGACCCUCACAGACCUCCCUCUGGCUCUCCCACAGCUUCAGGCCAACGUCUCAGCUAACAUGCCGUCCAGUGGUUGGCCUUCUCCUCCUCCCACUGUCCUCCCUCUGUGCUGGGGUGAGGACCACAAAAACUUCCCGACUGACUGGGAUCUGGUGCUUUGUGCAGAUAUAAUUUACCUCCCAGAGACUUAUCCACUGCUGGUGGAGACGCUUACUCAUUUGUGCAAGAAUGGUGCUGUGGUAUAUCUCUCAUCCAAGAUGCGAAAAGAGCACGGGACCCCGGGUUUCUAUGAGGAGUGUCUACCAAGCAGAUUUAAUGUGAAGCUUGUGCACCGUGAUGACCAACAAAACAUUAAUAUCUACAGGGCAUCUCUAAGAACAGACCAGUGAAAGCAGGGGUAACUGUCUUCAGGCCUGGGACUAGGAUUAGUUACUAUACUGAGACCAGUUUCUUAAGUGCCUUUUAAGACAACUUAAAGAAAAAUGCAGUGAAUGCAUUCUGCAAAAUUAUACUGUAAGAAACAGCAGCUCAGUUUCAGAGUUUCAGAUGAUACUCACUCUUUCUUUAGUUGAAAUUGUGUUUUUCAUCCUGCAUCUACAACUUGUUACACUUAAUUUGUAUAUUCCUAAAAAAAAAAGAAAAAAGCUGCUGUAUAAAGAAAUAAAUUUAUUCAGUCGGUCAGUCAAUCAUAUGAAAAGUGAGUUGAGUUCACAUGCUCUGUCAAGCUGCAACAAAUAGCAGAACUUACUUUGAAUUGACUGAUUUUUUACUUAAUUAAUCAUUGGUUUGUUUUAUUUAUAUAUUUAUAUGGGUAUUAUCAGUUACUUGAGAUAGAUGUAACAUCCUAUGAAUAUUUCAUUUUUUACAGCAGGGAAUGCUGAA